UUAACCGGACCUGUGUCAUGGUUGGCUGCGUGCUCUCACACCCACUCGGCCCGAGGAGGGUUUAAUCCCCCGGUGCACGCACAUUUUACUGCACAGGACUUUGGCUGCUUUGUGUCUGCAGAAAACUCUCCAGCGAGCAGCAUACGACCUUGCCUCCGUCAUGUCGCUGCUCACCCACCUGCUGGCCGUCCUGUUCGGGAUGGGCUCCUGGGUCUCCAUCAACGGCCUGUGGGUGGAGCUGCCUCUCAUCGUCCCCGAGAUCCCGGAGGGGUGGUACCUGCCGUCCUACCUGUCGGUCAUCAUCCAGAUGGCCAACGUCGGGCCUCUCUUCGUCACCCUCAUGCACCGCUUCCGGCCCGGCGCCCUGAACGAGGCGGCGGUCAUUUACACCAUCAUCGGCCUGGGCACCGUGUCCACCUUCCUCCUGGGUUUCUUCUGGAAGGACACGGUGGUCGUGGCAGGAGCCCCCCGCAGUGUGGCGCUCCUGGUGUUAACCUUCUUCCUGGCCGCGGUGGACUGCACCUCCUCCGUCACCUUCCUGCCCUUCAUGAUGCACCUCAAGCCGCAGUAUCUGACCACCUACUACAUCGGGGAGGGCGUGAGCGGCCUGCUGCCGGCCCUCGUGGCUCUGGUCCAGGGUGUUGGUGUCGUCCGCUGCAUCAACAGCACCCAAUCACUGAAUCACACCCUCAGCACCUACAAUAGCUCCUUGACCCUUGACCUCCAAGCUCAGUAUCAGCCUGCAAACUUCUCGGCCGAGGUGUUUUUCUUCUUCCUGAGCGCCAUGAUGCUCGUGUGUCUGGCGGCUUUUCUUCUGUUGAACUACCACCCGUCCGUGGCCUCGGAGCACUCCAACGGCAGAUACACCAACAGGACGAAGCACAGAGCCCCCAAGAACAAAAACUGGGCGGAGCAGAAGCCCAUGAUGGAUCCGUACAGAGCGCCCAACCAGAAGGCCAGGAGCAGCUUCGGCAGCGGCUCCUACAGCUGGCCGCAGGUGGUUUAUAUCUUUGUGAUUCUGGCCUGGGUGAACGCUCUGAGCAACGUGGUGCUUCCCUCCGUGCAGUCGUACUCGUGCCUGCCGUACGGGAACAACAUCUAUCACCUGUCAGCCACCCUGGCGGCCGUGGCCAACCCUCUGGCCUGCUUCAUCGCCAUGUUCCUCCCCAUCAGGUCCCUGCUGUUGAUGGGGGGGCUCACGGUGGGGGGCAGCGGACUGGGAGCUUACAUAAUGUUCAUGGCGGCGCUCAGUCCGUGUCCGCUGCUGGUCAACGACGUUUCGGGAGGGGUCGUCAUUGUUCUGGCCUGGCUCUUCUUCAUCCUCACUCUGUCCUACGUGAAGGUGAUUAUCGGCAUCAUCCUGCGGGAUGAAGGCCACAGCGCCCUCGUGUGGUGCGGAGCGGUGGUGCAGCUGGGCUCCCUGCUGGGGGCGGUCACCAUGUUCCCUCUGGUCAGUGUGUACUCACUGUUUUCAUCAGGAGACCCCUGCAACACCAGAUGUCCCUGAACCAAGGAGAAGACUCUGUUUUUA